CAGGGGUGCGCGGCCACAGGGGCAGGGACAGGGACAGCACCCCGGGGCAGGAGUGGGGCGGGUCUCGGCAGUCUCCAUGCCCAGCACUGGGCUGAGCGCUGAGUCCCACCUGAGUCAGAGGGGCAACGGGGAACGGAGGGACCAAAGGACGGGGUUUACACGGGUCUGGCGUCCGGCUGGUCCAGCUGCCGCGGGCCCAGGCAGGCUCAGCAGGGCCUCGAUGGGCGGGGGCUGAAUUCUGGCAAGGGAUUCUGAGAACACAGGUCACACACCCCGGGUCCCUUCUGCACACCCCAGGCCAGAGAGGAUCCUGGCUGCGUCCACCAUCCUCAGGCCCCCCACGGUUCACCUGCCUCCUGACCCAGGCUAGGCAGCUCAUCUGAAAGAGGGUCCCCAGCUCUGCCCCUGUGGGCACAUGACUUACUCUGAGCCUCAGUUUCCUCAUCUGCAGGAUGGGGAGAACCGUACCCAGUCACAAGGCUUUGUGGGAACCAGGGUGGCCUGGCACACCUGGCAGCCCGGCUGGACCACCCAGAGGACCCGGUGACCAACUCGCCUGCUCUGACCUCUGGUGUCAACCCACUGCGUGGCCUUGGACCAGCCCUGCUGUGUGCAGGAGUGGACCAUGCGGCCGCCAUAGCGGAAGGGGAACCUGCAGGGCUGCCCGGCCUCGGUGAGCACUGCUAGAGGAGACACAGGGGUCAAGGGUUCCCGCGCUGGUCACCUCCCAACCCCCAUCACAUACCGCACUCCGCCUACACGUCCCCCGUGUCUGCUGCCCAGCUCACCCUGCCUGAGCCAGCCGUCCCCUCUGGCCUCAGCCAUGCUGGUCCUGGGCCUGACAAUGUCCUCGAGUCUCAGCUACGACGCCUCCUCCAGGAAGUCUUCCAGGAUGACACGGCAGGAAGGGACCUGGACCCCCACAGCCCCAGCUUCCGGUCCCUACCUGGCCACAGGGCUGGCCAUUGUCUAUUUACGGAGUGCGAGCAGAAACUGAGUGGGCACCCAGCUUGGCACGCGGGCCGUGGACGCUGACCUCGGGACCUGACGCUCGCGCUGCUGGGACCGAGGACUCACACCGCCACCCAGCCAGUCCUCCCCGGGACGGGAAAUGCCCACCAACGCCCAGCAAUGCCCAGAGUUUUGCUGGAAACCAAACAGGUUAACAGUGGGGAAGGUGGCCAGGAUUAGGACCAAAUGCACGGCAGGCUACACUGGAAGGCUGCGUCCCGCGGCGGAGGCUCUGUGCCUGGGCCCCGCAGCCAUUCAAAGACCUCCAUCCCUCGGACGCAUCGGGCACUCACAGGUCUCUCCGUACGAGGGUGCUGGGGACCGAGGGCCAGGGUGCAGGCGCAGCACGGCUCUGAGGGGACCCUCCGCACAUGGGGACGCAUUGCGGGCAGCCCCCCACCUGCCCCGGGCUGCAUGGCCCAGAUGCGGCCCCGGUUCCCCACCCCAGGGUCCGGCGGCAUCAGCACGCUGUGUCUCUUGCCCUGCUCGGAGGGGCCACGGUGGCCACCACCUAGGAAACAGCUCACAGCAGCUAGAAUCAGCAGGAGGUCUGGAUGAAACCAGCCCUCUGGACCCCGAGGAUAUAGAGUUCAGCGCCGGGUCCAGACGCGCGCUGGCCCAAGGGUGUCUGCAGCGCCCUACGCUGGCUGCGGAACCUUGGGUCCGGUUCUGCGUCACAAAGGUGGACUCAAGGUUCACAGGACGAGCACAGGAUCCGUCCGGCGAGCCCAACGUGGAGGCCGUCCCACCGAGGGCCUCGCACGGCAAGCGGGCACCGCACAGGAGGAGCGGAGGCCCUUCCCAGCUCCAGGAGGACGCGGCCAAUCACAGACCCUCACGGUCCCCCCCGUCCUCCCUGUUUAGGACACCCACGGAGCCAAGCUUCCAGGGUCCCCACCUGGGCUCCUACUCACCGGGGACAACCAGUGCACGGGGGGGCACCAACGGCGACGCACCCCGGAAAUGCAAGAACUCGCUGAUCACGCUGCCCACGCUGCCAGGCCACAGGUGGGAAGGCCGAGCCCCGCACUGGGUAAGCCACGUGGGCCCAAUGCCCCAAGCCCGGAAUGUGGAGCUGGAGAAGCCCGGCGGGAGCUUGGAGGAAAAGGCUGGACAGAGGGCAGCCAGUGAGCCGGGGCUCUGGGUUUACAGGGAGCGAGUCAGAGGGAUCCGGCCCAGCCAGCUCACCCACCACCGCCUGGCACCCCAUCCUUCUUCCACCCGGCCCCCGACCCCGGCACUCUCAGGGAGGGGAGAGCCGUGGCCCCGAGCGCUCCAUCCCAGCCCCUCACGGUGUCCCCACUGUCACACCCAGCCUCCCGGUGGAGCUUGAUACUGCCGCCCUUACACAGCUGUGUCUGCGGGUGUGCAUGAGGCGCUCAAGAACGUCUGCUGAGUGAAUGGUCUGCUUUCGAAAGCCAGUGUAAAGUAAACCCAAUGAAUUCCAUUAAAAUGUGCAAUGUUUUCCCUGGUUAAAAUACACCUGUAGUUUUCUAAAGAGGAAACAGAUGUUCAAGUGAGAAAGGAAAGCGCUUUAAACCAGUCCAAUGAA